AUGGCGAAUUAUCAUGGUCGAGGCCAGGCGGGCAAUAUUCCUGAUGAGUUCUCUUUAAUAGACCAUCCUUCAGUACCGGAUCCUGAGCCUGAAAACCCUUUUGACAGCAGAAAUGCAUCGACUACUCAAAUUGGUCACACAUCGACAUCUGCACCGUUAGCGGGUCAUGACGAGGAUCUGGAUUUGUUCAAUGGAGACAGUUAUCAUACGAAUACAACAGGAAAUGGUGGUACGCGAAAUGGCAUUUCAGCGUCGAAUGGCGGCAUUCAACAGACAUCAUCUAACCCAGGUGAUUGGGAUUAUUUGACUCCAGUAGACUCUUCUCCUUAUUACGAUUCACCAUAUAAUAAUGCCAGUAAUCCAUAUUUGGACGGCACUGGCAUUGUUUCGGGCCAUGAUCAGGACGAUUUUAUCAUGGAUUCAGGAUCGGGAAUCGGUUCUGGGUCCGGACGUCACGAUACUAUUGGUUUAACUCAUCAAGCCACUGGUAAGCAUUACGGAGCCAAGGGCGGCAUCUCUGGCUUCUAUUCUAAUGUUCGAUCUAAACUGGGGUUGAAUCCAGCUUAUACAGAGAUGGAUCUACCUUUAACUGAGCAUGCUACAGCAGGUGGUGCUGGAAGAGGUGGUUCAGGUGCUGCUACGGGUAUUGGAUCCGGGUCCCGGGUUGGUUUCAGUGGUGGCGCUGGCGGGUCUGGAUCUGGUGGUAGAGGUGCUAAUGAAGACCGUACUGAGACAGCUAAUGACUAUGAUAUUCGAAAAUUCUAUUAUAAACUUCUCGGUAAGAAGAUGCCCGAUGCAUCUUCUCUGGGUCCCCGAAUCGUCACAUUAAACGAUCCAGCGGCAAACCAACUGGGCUACAAAGGAAACCACAUUUCCACUACAAAAUACAAUGCAUUCACCUUCAUUCCAAAAUUCUUAUUUGAACAGUUUUCCAAGUAUGCGAAUCUGUUUUUCCUGUGUACUGCACUUAUCCAACAAGUGCCCAAUGUUACACCUACUAAUAGAUAUACCACCAUUGGUACCCUGGCAGUGGUGCUAUUAGUGUCAGCUUUUAAGGAGCUUGUCGAGGACGUCAAGCGGUCUAAUGCCGAUAAAGAACUCAACAAUUCCAAAGUCGAGGUUCUCAAUACCAAUGGCGAGUUCGAGACCCGUCGAUGGGUGAAAUUGUCCGUUGGCGAUAUCGUGCGAAUCAAAUCUGAGGAACCGUUUCCUGCCGAUAUUCUGUUACUGGCCUCGUCUGAACCCGAAGGUCUGUGUUAUAUCGAGACUGCCAAUUUGGACGGAGAAACCAAUCUGAAAAUUAAACAGUCUCGUGUUGAGACUUCAACCUUGGUGUCGACACAAGACUUAUCUCGACUUCGAGGUCGCAUUCUUUCUGAACAACCCAAUAGCAGUCUAUACACAUAUGAAGCGACGCUAGAACUAACGGGACAAGACAAGAUGGCUCUGGCACCUGACCAACUUCUUCUCCGUGGAGCCACUUUACGAAAUACUCCCUGGAUCCACGGAGUAGUCGUUUUCACGGGUCACGAAACAAAGCUCAUGCGUAAUGCCACUGCCGCUCCUAUCAAACGUACUGCCGUCGAGCACAUGAUCAACCUUCAAAUCAUCUUCCUGUUCUCGAUCCUGCUCAUUCUGGCUAUUGUAUCGUCCAUGGGCAAUGUCAUCAAAAUCAAAGUCACCGCUUCUACCAUGUGGUACCUCCAACUCGAGGGCACCAGUCUUGUCAAGCAGUUUUUCCAAGACCUGCUCACAUAUUGGGUUCUCUUUUCAAAUCUCGUGCCGAUUAGGUAA